AUGGCCCCGUUUGUGCUGAAAUUCAAGGGAAACAAAUCGUUCUCCCCCUUCUCCAAUCUGACCGACGGCGACGCCCUGACCCGCACCUGGAAGGUAUGCACCAAGGUUGCCGCCCACCUCGAACAGGGACAGCGUCUGGAGAACCUCAGCUGGCGUCUCUGGCACUUGCACAAUCUCAUGGUCGACUCGGAUGCCGACAACAAUGCCAAGUCUCGUCGCGAGUUCAAGCGCCUAUCUCGUCAUACUGGUGAACGUCUCGAUCGCGACAAAAACCGAGACAUUAGUGACCUCCAGGCCCCCAAGUUCACCGCCGAGCGCCUCCGCCAGCGGGCCGAAGAAAAGGAGCGCUGCCGCCUUGCGAGCGAGAAGACUGCCCGUGCUAUGCGUGGUCGCGGCAUACGAGGAAUGCAGUACACAUUCGCCUUGAAGCCCGCCGCCGCUACUUCCACCACUACCACCGUCAUCAAGUCCAAGAAUAACACUCCUACCCCCGGGCUCCGCCCUCGCCGAGCGACCGACGCGACCAAGUUCGACGCACCGGACACACCACACUCCGGCCGUCCCCGGAGCGCUACUACUACCGCGACUGCUGCGGUCGCCUCGGACAUCGACAUCCCACCCCACGAUCCCAACGACGCAGACGUCGAUACCGAGCACGACGAGGACCUUGAUAUGGAAGCACCCACUCUUGGUCUCAUUACCGCACCUGGUACCAACGAUUCGACUCCCGCUCAGGGGCUCGUCAGUGAAGCCGAUAUGCUCAACCUCAUGGAAGACGGCGAGGCAAGCCUACUCCGAUUCGAAACACUCUUUGGCGGGUUUGGGCCCAACCACCUGCUCGUCAAUCCCCACGCGCCUUCUUUUACCCAGCCGGCUCUCUCUUAUGGAGAAGCUGCCGGGUCUGUCACCGAUUCAGGCGACGUGAGCGUUGGCCGUCCUACUUUUGAGCUCCAACUUGACGAGCUGCUCAGCGACGACGCCAAGAACAAGUCUGACCAGGCCCAUUCCGACGGAGCAUCUAAACCUCGCAUGUCUCGUAGCAAUACUAACUCUAGCGGGUACAAUACCAUGGGAGUCAUGGGGGUCAAGCCUGACGCAGAUAGUGUCCCUCUCACUCAAGCCUAUGCCCAUACAUCCGGCUUUGACAGUUCCGCCAGCACCAACGGACCAACGACUCCUACUACCAUGAACGCCACCAGCUUCAAUUGGGGUGGAGAGGGCUCUCCGCCUCUCAUGCCGGCCCAGUCCGCCCCCACCAGUCCUGCGUUUGCGCUUCGUCCCGUCAAGUAUGGCCAGCAAUCCCAAGACUCGCAAUUCGCAGAAGCGGCUGCGACGUUUAGUGCUGGGUCUUAUGACUUUGCGCCCAAUCUUUCAGGCGGCGUUCCUCCGCUCAGCCUCCCCGUCUCGUCGUAUACCACUUCGCCCACAACCACAUCCCCCACGCAUAAUUCCGCCUCCAUGAACUCGCGCCGCAACUCGAAUACUGGCGGACACUCGCGCGCGCAUAGCACCGGGAACUUGACUAACACCGGAGGCACAUACAAGCACCCAGCGACCAUUAACAUCAACACCUCCAACGCUGGCAACUCAAAAACAUCGACUCCCACAUCCUCCCCCACGAGUCGAACCCAUUCUACGCCCAGCGGAAGCACCAAUGCCAAUGGCGCACCGAGCGCAACGCCUCCACCCACUCGCGGUCGGAGCGGGAGCAACGCUCUACCUCUACAUGGAAACACCGCACCUGGAGGCGUCAAGAGUGAAUGCGCCAACUGUGGUGCAAAUUCGACGCCGCUUUGGAGGCGAGGCCUAAAUGAUGAGUUGAAUUGUAAUGCGUGCGGAUUGUAUUGCAAACUUCACAAGCGUCCCAGGCCCAAGACGCUGCGCAACAGCGGUGGCGAGGGUGGCUCUAGGAACCCUGGCUGGCAUGCUCCAAGAGGCGGGAACGCUGAUGGAGACAAUAUGGGCGAGCCUGUCUCGUGUUACAACUGCCACACAACCGCAACCCCGCUCUGGCGAAAAGAUGAAGAAGGCCGAACGCUUUGUAAUGCAUGUGGUCUCUAUUUGAAGCUCCAUGGCGAACGGCGCCCUUCGUCGAUGAAAUCCGACGUCAUUCGUAAGCGCUCGCGGCACGACGCGCGACGGCCCGGGAACGGGAACGGUUCGUCCUCGGCUACGCCAUCGGCCAGUCCGGGUGCGAGCAGACGCGCCUCUCCAACAGCAACGUCCCCGACCGUGAACCAAGACCCGGCGACGUUUUCGCCGAGCGCAACAAGCGAGCAACACAUGCCGUACUAUGGCUCAUACGACUAUUCGCAUAGCAGUUCAGGGAUGAUGGGUGCCGACGAACAAAUGUAUCCGUCCUACGCACCUUCGCCUUCGCUUAUGUUUGGCUCUUCGGUCAACUUUGGUGGCCAGGUGGGAUACAACACCCAGCCAUACUUUGGUCCAUUCUUGCCCAACAUGAUGGACACAUCGGGCGAAUCCCCCAACGAAACUGGGCCACCAAUGACGGGCAGUCCAACGCAUACGAAUUCCAAUGGCGGAAUGGGCAUGAGUUCACACACGAGCAGUGGGGCCGGACGUCCGCCGGCGCACAAGAAGCGCAGGAUGUCAACAGCCGAUACGCUCGCUUCGUCCACGUCUGGAUCUGAGCGCUCCGACGGCACGCCUUCGUUCUUGGAUGAUCUCGCGAACCCAAACGUCCCAGACCCGUCUCGUGCGUCACCGUCGGCGACAUUUAUCCCGAACAACUACCAGUACACUUCGUUUUCGCCUUCGCUGACGUAUCCCAACCUACCUGGGAACGAUCCGAGCGGGAAUAAUCUGUCCUACUUUCAUCCGCCAAUGGUCCUCCCGUGGCUACACAAUGACGUAUUGACCAACGUCGGAGCCAAGCCCGAGCCAAUCGACGAGCCCAUGAACUCUGGAGAACUCUCGAUAAAUUAA